AUGGCCAAACGCCUCCUCCCCCGUGAAGGCCUCUACAUCGAUCCCAUAGUAUCAGGCCUACGAAGGUCCAUCUUCCAUCCACUCUUCACAUUAUCGUGCCUACACCUAGCGGGAAGAUUCAGCUCCCUCGCGCCAUAUGGGAAUCUCGUCCAAAUCACCGCAGCAGCCAGUGUCCUCCUCUGGCUCAACGAUUUGCUUAGCACCAAAAGUCGCAAUAACUGGGCUACAGACGAUACAUGGGACUGGAAGAAAGAGUUGGUCGUGGUGACUGGAGGGAGCGGCGGUAUUGGGGCUGGAGUUGCUCAGCGUCUUGCUGCCCUGGGUUCGCGUGUUGUCGUGCUGGAUAUCAUACCUUUAACUUAUAAACCUGAGAAUAAACGAAUCUUAUACCACAAAUGCGAUCUAAGCGAUGAGAAAGAAAUCGCAGCUAUUUGCCACAAGAUCAGAGCUGAAAUCGGCGAUCCAACUGUCCUAGUCAACAAUGCUGGUCUAUCGCGCGGACGGACCGUAGUCGAGAGUACUUACCACGACAACAGUAUAACCCUAAAAACGAACCUGCUGGCGCCAUUUUUCCUAUCCAAAGAGUUUCUCCCCGCUAUGAUCCAGCGAAAUCACGGACAUAUCUUUAAUGUCGCCUCGAUGAGUGCUUAUAUCCCACCGGCCGGGCUUGCUGAUUACGCGGCGUCGAAGGCUGGGUUGAUUGCGUUUCACGAGUGCCUCAUGCAAGAACUCCGAGCCCAGAAUGCUCCUAAAGUCCGCACCUCUCUCGCCGUGCUGAGCUUCACCAAGACGCCGCUGUUCAAGGGCGAGACGAACCAGUCUCGGUUCCUGAUGCCUCUUUUGCAUGUUGAUACUGUUGUGGAUGCCAUUGUCGAUAUACUUACCAGCGGUCUCAGUCAAACAGUGUUUCUCCCGGGGAUAUUUGGCUUUUUUUCUGGAUUGCGAGGAAUGCCGGAUUGGGUCCAGGAUCUUGUCCGCGGUGGCACGAAAUCUUUGAAAGUGGAUUUUAAAGGGCGACAGGAGAUAGAUCCACAGACUGGGAGGCUCGUUGACGGUUUAAAUAGAUGA